UUUACAUACAAACAGCUGUCAAACUACCACGGGCUGAAUGGAGAAAAACAAGGCAAAUAUCGUGUUCGUCUCCUGCAAACUCAAGAAAUAAGUGAUAUUUUAAUAACAAACAAGUGCCUCAACCAUUACCAACAUGUCGGUAACGAUUGCCCGGCGUAGCAACAGUACACAGUAUAAUCGAGCGGAAUUGCUUAGCUCUAGGGCUUUACCUCAACAAAAAAUCAUCGUCAUAACCGAUAAAAUCGGAUUUGAACCCAACGCUAGCACGGUGAUAAGCAGUUGGCUGAAGGAACAGUAUGGCGAUAAUGCCUGUCCGGCUGAGCUAGUACAGCAUCUGAACGGGUCGUCUAAAUUCCAGUUAAUCAUCCUAUCCAACGUAGAGCGACGAUGUGAACCUAGCCAAAUAUUCAAAUAUAUCGCACAGUGUAAGCAAAAUUCCACCAUCGAGCACGUUUUCGUGUGGAUCGUGGAGAAAAAGCUGCAGGAAACGUUUCUUUUGCCCUACGUUGAGCAUAUGGCCGAUACGGUGAUCACAUUCGAGGAUAGGACACAUUUGUCCCUGCUGAUAAAGAAACCCACCGGAGGAGUUACCAACAAGUACUACGAGUUCGAUACACUGAAAGAAUCGUUCACUAUCCUUGAGACAAAGCGAUCCGCCUCAAGUAAACAGAACUCCGGAGCGAUGGAAGUGGAUCCUCCACCGAAUCCUGCCACACUAGGCACAUUCAAAAUUGACUUAAAAGACGAAGAGGUGGCUGCAAAGAACGCUCUAACGUUACCAUUUGAAUUCUUCAAAACUCUCCCGGAAGGCGGUAAAAUUCUUUAUCAUCCCGAUGCCCAAGACGACCUCGACGAGGAGGACCCCGAUGAUGAUUUGUUGAUAUAAAGUGUGUGAAAUACAUCCAUCCCAGGCUAAGGACAGGUAGAACGAGACGUUUUUUUUGUUUUUAAUCGAUCUUUUAUUCACGCGUAGUAUCUGCACGGGAUAAUUUGGUAGUUUGAUACGUCCUAAACAGGCUGUUCCGACAGCGACAUUUGAAAAUGAGCUAAAUUACUAACUAGAGAUACCAAUUUCCUUUAAUUGAACAUCACCAAGUAGCUACCUUCGUUCCGCGGAUUCACAUCGUUCAGUUGGCAGUUUGGACUGUUUAUGAACACGUAUUCUGUAUCGUUUUUCUGUUUCUUUUUGUCGUAUCAAGAAUUUCAUCUUUUCUCCUUCUGCACGUGGUGCACGUAAAAGCAAUUGACUGAUUUUAAAAAGCAUGCUGGACAGGGCAGAACACUUGCGU